GGCAGUUGUUUCCCCCCUUUCCGAAAGGCGUUGACGUAAGCCACGCCUUGCCCGCGAGGUGACGUCAUGGGGCGUGUCCAACCAGAGGACAGAGGGGACUCCACAAUGGGAGACAGUUUCCUCGAGCAGCUGACCGAGGACAGCGUCUUCCUGAAAGCGGAGCGGAGACUGGACACCGAGCUGGUGGACAAAGUCAUCCUGCAGCUCAACCGAAUCUACCCGCAGAUCCUCUCAGACAAGGAGGCCACCAAAUUCAGGAACUUGGACGUGCCCACAGGUGUCCGCCUCGGGGAGCUGCUGGCACACCUGCAGGGGAAAGGAGAGGAGGCGUGCAGGGAGUUCUACAGGGCUCUUCACUUGCACGUGGAGGAGGUUUACUACAGCUUGCCCACGCGGCUGCGCCUCAGAGAUUCCUUAGAUCCUCUUGCACAUCCACGUGUCUACCAACAGAAGUAUGUUCUGAACGACAGAGCUUUUAUCUCUCUCCAGGUCCCCUCUUCUUUUUGGGCUGUUUCAGCGUUGCUAUGGGGAUGGCUUUACUCUAUUACUACAGUGAGGCCAAAGUGACGGGAGGGAGCCGGGCCCUUGGGAUGGCUGCUCUGGGUUUGAAAAGAAAAGCACAGGAGGUUCUCAUUUGGUACUCUGAAGAAACACUCAUGAUGUAAGGUGGCGCUUCAGCAGUACCUGCUCUUAUGAAUCCCUUUUUUACCAAAGUACAGCAAGCACAGCAUUUCAUUUCUGGAGUUGAAUACAAAUUUUGUCCACAGUUGUACUGUGUUUUAGGCAGAGUGUUUUGCAUGUGAUCUUAGUUUUUGAAUUUAAAGACAUUUUGGUAUAGGGUGAAUUCAGAUCUGCAUUUGGCCCUUUGCUCUUAUUUCCCCAUGUUUUGGUAUCCAUUUAAGCGGAUUGUGAUGACUGAAUGCAGUCAAGGGGUGAACACGCAGUAAACACAGUAAAGACACGCUAACAAAAGCCAAAAUCUUGAAACAGGAAAUACUGGUUACUACUCCUACUUUUGAUGAACUUCCAAAAGCAUUGCUUACAUUUCAUUAACAUAUUUUUCUUUUCGGUAUAUAUUAAGUAUCAUUGAAUCCAGAAAACAACAACAUGCAUUGCUGCUCUCUUGUGGCCAAACGUGAGUUAUUUCACCAGCUACAUAAAUGUGCUGGUUUGUGGUUAUAUUCUGGAUUUUUCAAAAUGUGCUUCUCACGUGUAAACAAAAGAUUAGUAAUAUAAAGAAAAGCUAGUAAAAUGAAUCAAGCUGUGUAAUAGAAUUACACCGUGGACGAUAUUUGCAGUCACGUGAUCACUUCUACCAAUGAAAUCCCGCUCUACCAGCGAGGUGCAUCAUGGGUAGCCCUGUGAACCACUCGAAAUAUACAAUUGUCAGUUAAGAUUUGUAAAAGUAUCAAAAAGAAAGUCACCGACCAACUUUUAUUCAAUGAAACAUUAAACGUGUCUGUUUAAUAUCUGUAGUUUCUGCUACAAUCCGAAAGUUACACCAUAAAUAAGAACAUGACGGAAAUCUCCGUGUAUAUAUAUCUGCCCGUCGCAUUGAUAUGACGUGUUGUAUGAAAGGAGAGAAGGUUAGCACUCCCCUUGACAAGGAUGGAAUUGGCCCUUGUGGCCAUCAACACACAUACGGUUAAGGCACUGCCACCUACUUCGUGGCAUCUAUAACCAAUUUUUUUCCAUCAUAAAUUCGUUACGUUUUCUUAAAAACGCCGUAGUGUAAGUUCGUAUUUCCUGAUGUAAGACCAGUCUCGCGCAUAGACAGACGGCUGCCCUUCUUCUUGUUGCUGUUAUUUUUUCCCUCUUGGCCAGUUGGAACACACAGAUGUUUAACCAAACGCUGACCCUCCACCUGCAGCCGACCUCACUGAGCCACACUCCCAACUACAUUUUAAUCUUUAUGAAUCCACUCACCGUUUUUCUGAAGGGGCUUUUUUCAACCGUAUUUCUUUGUGGUUUUCUAUAUGAUUCAGGAUAUCAAAAGCCAAUACAAGAAACACACUUCGUUAUUUCUUUCCUUUCCUCAACAAUUUUGAAUUUUACAGGGAAAUAUUAAUCAUUGAACGAUUACUCAAUUAAUCCAGUGCCUUGUAAAAAAGAUAUUUGUAAAACUGAACUAAUGUUUUCUUUGUACAAUACAAAAAGUGCAUUAUAAGAAUAAACAAGACAAUGAACACA